AUGGGGGAUGAAAAUAUGAGAGAGCCAUUGUUGGAGAAGAAGCAAUACUAUAAGGAUUGUCCUGGUUGUAAGGUUGAACAAGCCAAAGAGCUUAACAAGGGGGUAUCCAUUACAAAUCUUUUGGUCAUAUGGAUGGUUGUGUUAUGUUCAACACUUCCUGCAUCAUCACUUUUUCCAUUCCUUUAUUUCAUGGUAAGGGAUUUUAAAAUUGCAAAAUCCGAGGCUGAUAUUAGCUACUAUGCUGGCUAUGUAGGAUCAUCAUUCAUGCUUGGUAGAACAUUGACAUCUGUAUUAUGGGGAAUGGUUUCUGAUCGCUAUGGUCGAAAACCUGUUAUAGUUUUUGGUGUUUUCACAGUUGUCGUUCUCAACACACUUUUUGGCCUUAGUACGAGUUUUUGGAUGGCUGUUAUCACAAGAUUUCUUUUGGGAACUUUAAAUGGUGCAAUUGGACCAGUAAAGGCUUAUGCUACUGAGCUUUUUCGAGAAGAACACCAAGCUCUAGGACUCUCCACUGUAAGUGCGGCUUGGGGAACAGGUUUAAUCAUUGGACCAGCAUUGGGAGGCUAUUUGGCUCAGCCAGCAGAGAAAUAUCCAAAUAUCUUUCCAAAGGGUUCCUUUUGGGAUAAGUUUCCUUACUUCUUGCCCUGCUUCAUAAUAUCAGGAGUUUCAUUUGUAGUAGUUAUCGCCUGCUUGUGGAUUCCGGAAACACUUCACAAGCACAAUGGUAGCAGUGAGUCCAUAGAUGAUGCUGAAGCUAUAGAAAAUGGAAGCAAAAAGGUUGACAAAGAAAAGAUAGUUCAAAAGAAUGAAAACCUCUUGAUGAAUUGGCCCUUUAUGUCAUCUAUCAUUGCUUACUGUGUCUUCUCACUUCAUGAUAUUGCUUAUCAAGAGGUUUUCUCUUUGUGGUCUGUUAGUCCUCUAAAUUUGGGGGGAUUGAACUUCACAACUGAUGAUGUUGGUAAUGUUCUUGCAAUUACAGGUCUAGCACUUGUUAUCUACCAACUUACAAUAUACCAAUAUAUGGAAAAAGCUUGUGGACCUGUUAACAUUUCUCGAAUCACAGGGAUUUUUUCUAUACCAGUGUUGCAAAGUUACCCCUUCAUAGCAAUGUUGUCAGGCAUAACAUUGUACAUAAUCAUUUGUCUUGCUUCCAUCCUCAAGAAUAUUGUGUCUGUGACCAUUACAACAGGUUUAUUCCUUAUACAGAACCGAGCAGUGGAACAACACCAAAGAGGGGCUGCUAAUGGCAUUUCUAUGACAGCUAUGUCUCUAUUCAAAGCGAUUGGACCUGCUGCAGGUGGUACAAUAUUAACUUGGUCACAAAAGCGUAUGGAUGCUUCUUUCCUCCCAGGCACCCAUAUGGUCUUUUUCUUCCUUAAUUUGUUUGAAGGACUUGGAAUACUUAUGAUGUUCAAACCAUUCCUUGGUGAAAAGAAGAAAACACAUUUAGAUCAGUUACACUGAUAUCAGACAACUUUGCAGGAGUUAUGUAGUAUCACAGGGUCAUUAUUUAGGACCGUGAUGGAAACAAGAUGCAUUACUAGCCCUGUUCUUUGUUUCUAUAUUGAUAGUAGCAAUUAAAUGUAUAAAAAGCAAAUGAAAAGCUAUAGAGGGGAUAGUUGAAAGGAAAGAGAAUGUUUGAAGCUAUUGUGCUUCUCUUAUUGGAGUCAUGAUUCUCAAGUUGAAAGUGACAUCACUGAAAAAUAACUGCAUUGUCCUGGUCAUAACCUUUAUAAAUUUGUUUCAACUUUCAUUUGUUUAAGAGAAAUGAAUCUUAAAUGGGAAUAUAUAGAUUACAAUUCUAU